CGUUGAAACGUUUUUUUAUUUAGAAUAUAAAAAAGUUUUAUUUGAAAGAAGCAAGAAAUGAUGCGAAAGUUCUUCAAAAAAAAGUCAAAAUUGGCGCCAGAACGUGCUGAAGAAAAAAUGGCAAAAACCAUUUCAGCUGUGGGACGACCAUUUGCCUUAGGGAUGCUUUACGAUCGUCGCUCUGAAAAGUUGAUUCUUGCUAAAACAUUGUGGUCUCCGGAUCAUUUGAAAGCCGCUCUCGACACUCGACCCCAACCAUUCACUAAUUCUGAAGUUUUCACAGAAAACACGGUGGAAGAUAAGACAAGUGCUCUUGACAUAGAAGCAAGUCUGAAGUUAAGUUUUCUGUCUGGGCUAGUGAAUGUAGAAGGCGCUGCAAAGUAUCUAAAUGAUACCAAAACAUCAAAGAAUCAAUGUCGGGUUGUCCUGAAAUAUGAAACCACUACAGAACUCAAACAACUCACCAUGGAACAUUUAGGAACGGGGAAAAUUCAAUAUCGUGAGGUGUUUGAUACUGAUGAGGCAACCGAUGUUGUGGUUGGUAUACUGUACGGAGCAAAGGCAUUUAUGGUAUUUGACAAGGAAGUCUCUAAGGACGAAACGGUAAAAGAAGUACAUGGAAACAUGGAUGUUUUGGUUAAAUCAUUGCCAGGCAUUACGGUUGAUGGGCAUGGAUCUGUUAAUAUCAAUGAAACACAAAAGAAGAACACCGAAAACAUGCGAUGCAAGAUGUAUGGAGAUUUCCGUACCAGCGAAAGUCCAACAAAUUACGAAGAUGCGGUGAAAAUUUACAAACAGUUACCUUCCCUGAUUGGCGAGAACGGAGAAAAAGCAGUUCCAAUUAAAGUAUAUUUGUGUCCAUUGAGUUCAAUCGACAGCAGAUGCCAAAAGAUGGUGAGGGAAAUUAGUUUAAAUAUAGUUGGCAGGAUUGCUGAAGUUCAAGAACAUCUCCAGUCUGUGAUGUCAGAAUGUAAUGACAUGGUUAAAGAAGAAAUUUGUUCCCGUUUCCCAAGAUUAAGAAAACAACUUAGUAGUUUUUAUAAAACUAUCGAGCAUUACAAGGUUUCUCUCGAAAAGAAAAUACUAGUAGUUCUUCCCCAAAUUCGAGGUGGUGGAGUAGAAGAAAUUGAGCUGGCUCAAAUCAUUGAAGAAAACGAAGCAUCGCCGUUUUCUUUCACGUGUAUUGAAGGUUGGCUUAACGGUAAGAAACAAGAAAUCGAGAGAUUGCAGGGAAUGAUCCAAUCGCUGGGAGAAACUCCUAUCGUCAAUCCAGAAAAGGUAAAAAAUCAUCUGUCAAAUCCGGCAAUCGAGUUUAUAGUUUGUUGUACGUUCCGAAUUGCUUGCGAAGAAGACGAACGAAUUUUGAAAAUGAAGGGUUAUCUCAACGACGGCGCUGUAUCAAAUGAAAGUGUUGAAAGAAAAUUUGAAGAAAAUCCGACUUCCGGAACGGUGCGUGAAGCAUUGAGGAAUUUCAUGAUUUUAAAAUCGGUGAAUGAAGAAAUAAGCUCGAUUGAAUUUCUCGCAACAGAUGAGCCGCUGUCCCCUGACUACGAUGGUAAAAUGGGGGCUUUUCUUUGUUUCUACGCAGCAGGAAAAGUUGAGGACGAGAAUCUGACCUCACAGCCACCGCCUAACAACCUGAAAUUAGAAGAAGCAGAGGAAAGUGCGUUGCAAAUUUCCUGGGAUGGUCAAUCUGGGAAUACUGUUACGAGUUACAAGGUUCAAUACAAGGACGAAGCUGGCGGAGACACGUGGUUAAGUGUUGAUGUUAAAUCCAGCGGCGAAGUUCGGAAUUCAGUCACUCUUACAGAGCUUAAACUAGCAACGAAAUACUUCAUCCGAAUCUGCGCAGUACGAAAAAUCAUUGUUAGUGAGUACAGUGAGAUAUUUUCUGCCAGUACGAAGCCGGCCAGUCCUCCUGGUAAACCAGAGCUAAAAGAAGCUACAUCUGAAUCACUAACAAUUGUUUUCAAAGAACCACAACGUCUCGGAAAGGAUGUUCAGAUCGUCAACUAUAAAGUCGAGUGGAGCCAAGAUGACUGGAAAACUCGCAAGAUGGAACAGACCCACGAUGCAAGAUAUACUGUAAAAAAUCUUCAUCCGUCAAUGUCAUUUGUCUUCAGAGUCACAGCAGACUGUGGUGAUGCUGGAGAAAGCAACAACAGUCCUUCAAGCGACGUAUUUUCGACCUUCGCCCGAAAGCCAACGUUUCAACCUUACAAAAUCCUUGGUUUGUGCCAGAUUGUCCAGCCACUUCAGGACGGCGAACCUACUGUCUACACUCUUCCUUUAACUUCAGUAUUCGAAGAUAGUGGUCUUCAAUUACGUAAAUACGAGAUAAACCUCAACGACGGAGGAAACGAUGCUCUGAGAGCAAGUAAACUAAAUAAAGUUAUAAUGAUGGUUGGAUCAACUGGAUCAGGAAAAACUACCACAGUAAAUGCUAUGGUUAAUUAUAUUCUCGGGGUCGAGUGGAAAGAUUCUUUUCGACUGAAAAUGAUUCAUGAAGAUUCUUCCAACCAAGGAUCAGAGAGUAUCGGGGACCAGACACGCAGCCAGACGCAUUUUGUCACCUGUUACAACUUGCUGCAUUCGAAAGGUUUCAAGGUACCGUACAAUCUUACUAUUGUGGACACCCCUGGGUUUGGAGACACGAAAGGAAUACAACAAGAUAAAGUGAUAACGGAUCAAAUUCGCAAGUUUUUCGAAACCAGUGGAGAUGGAGGGAUUGAUCAUAUUGACGCCAUCUGUUUUAUAGCUCAAGCUGGGAUACCAAGGCUCACACCCACCCAACGUUACGUAUUUGACAGCAUUCUGGCCAUGUUUGGCAAGGAUAUUGAGAAGAACAUAACAGUUCUAUUCACCUUUGCCGAUGGCGAUAAACCCCAAGCAUUAGCCUCUCUUCAAAAGGCCGGAGUUCUUAGUAAGGAGGAUAUGUACUUCACGUUGAAUAACAGCGCACUUUUCGCUGACAACUCCGAAAGUAAUAAUUUUGGCUCAAUGUUUUGGACAAUGGGAAUGAAAAGUUUUGAAAACUUCUUUAAUUGUCUUAAUGGAAUGGAAAGCAGAAGUCUUGUUCUGACAAAGGAAGUCUUGCAGGAAAGAGUGGAACUUGAACUUCGAGUGAGUGGCUUGCAGGAUAAAAUAAAUUGCGGACUAAACACACUUAGCCGCCUUCAGCAGGAAGAGAGAAUAUUCAAACAACAUGCCACCGAGAUUAAUGACAACAAAAACUUUAAGUACACUGUAACUGAAGAAACAAGAGUGAAAGUUAAACUGGACUCUGGUAUGUACGUAACAAACUGUCCCACUUGCAAUAAUACCUGCCAUUACCCUUGUGGUAUCCCAAAGAGUGAAGAUAAAGAAGGCUGCGCAGCCAUGAUCAAUGGACAAUGCGGGAAAUGCCCCAAACAAUGUCACUGGUCGAUUCACGUAAAUGACAACUAUCGAAUGGAAACUGAAUUGGUAGAAGUUGAAAAGGAGUACGACGGCCAGAAGACGAAGUACCACGAAGCAGUGGAAGGGAAAACCAAAGUCGAAGCAGAAAUCGAAAGUCUUGAAGCGGAAUUCAAGGACACUCAAAACAUUGUUCUUACGUUUGUGACAGAAAUGCAACGUGGUUUACAACGGCUGACGAAAAUCGCCCUGAAGAAAAAUCCCCUCCAACAACUCGAUUACCUUGAUCUUCUUAUCCAAUCAGAAGAAUUGCAAGGCAAACCUGGCUUCAAGGAUCGUAUAAAGGCUCUUAAAGAUACUCGUAAACGAGCUGAGCAGAUUAAUAACAUGGCCAAUCCUGGCUUUGAUCCAUGGAAAGAUUACCGCGAAAACGACGAAACACGAAGGUUCCUACAAAAAGAAAACGAAAACCAGAAGACAGGUACCUGGAAGCGUGUUGUUGGCGGAGUUAUGAACGCAAUUAUUAAGGCUGUAAGUUAAUUCAGUGAUUAUGGUUAAUUUAACAAUAUUUCAUAAUUUCCGAAUAAUCAUAUAUAUUAUUAUUAUUAAUGGUUUAAAAUACACACCUUGACAAUUAAUUGAAUUACGGUGCGUUUACAAAAAUUAUGGAAGUAGCUAUUAUUUACAGUAUAUUUACACAUAAAAAAGUCAAAUCUAAGUUUAAAAACUUAUUGCACUACUACAACGAUACUCAUAUUAAAAUAUUACACCUGAAAUUAUUUACUGUUAUUCAAUAAAACAACUGUACUAGGAAAGAAACUA